CCUCAAUCCAGCCCCAGACCCAAUCCUAACCAGCCCAGCCCAAGCCCCUCCUAUAGCCCCUACCCUAACCCUAACCCUAACCCUAGACCCAGCCCUCUCUACUUCUCUCCCCCUCUCCUCCCGCGUGGGGGGUGGGGGUCAGAGAUGGGGGUAAGUCCAGCCGUCCAGCAGGUGACCCCAGAGAGGAGAGGACCACAAAUGAACCAUUUGAAUCAAUUGAAUCACUUGAACCAUUUGAAUCAAUUGAAUCACUUGAACCAUUUGAAUCAAUGGAACCAUCUGAAGCCUCUCUACUCACCCCCGGCACAGCAGACCCAGGUACAGUAGCAUCCUCCUCCUUGUGUCUGAACACGGGCAGUCUGGGUGGUCUCACUGCUUGCCACAAGACUGUGUUAGCUCACUGAGCUAAAACUAAAGCAUUAAGGAUAUCUGAUAUACUUGACAUUUACAUUACAUUUUAGUCAUUUAGCAGACGCUCUUAUCCAGAGCGACUUACAGGAGCAAUUAGGGUUAAGUGCCUUGCUCAAGGGCACAUUAACGUCAUUUAGCAGACGCUCUUAGCCAGAGCGACUCACAAAUUGGUGCGUUCACCCUAUAGCCAGUGGGAUAACCACUUUACAAUUGGGGGGGGGGGGGGGGGGUAGAAGGAUUCCUUUAUCCUAUCCCAGGUAUUCCUUAAAGAGGUGGGGUUUCAAAUUGACAGAGUGUGUUAAAUUAAUGUUGGUUUUGUUGCUCUUUUAGAUGACAUUGACGGAACAUUCUGGAAACUAUGAGACACCAAACUGCAGGUACGCUGGUGUGUGUGUGUGUGUGUGUGUGUGUGUGUGUGCGUUUGUGUGUGUGUGUGUGUGUGUGUGUGUGUGUGUGCGUUUGUGUGUGUGUGUGUGUGUGUGUGUGUGUGUGUGCGUUUGUGUGUGUGUGCAUGUUAGAUAUGCAGGGUUUUCUGUCCUGGGUGGGCCGCCUAAGCGUUUUUCGGGCCGCCUACGUCCCAAACCGUGAAGAAUGAAAAAAAAAAUACACUACCAGUCAAAUGUUUGGACACACCUACUCAUUCAAGGGGUGUUCUUUAUUUUUUACUAUUUUCUACAUUGUAUAAUAAUAGUGAAGACAUCAAAACUAUGAAAUAACACAUAUGGAAUCAUGUAGUAACCAAAAAGUGUUAAACAAAUCAAAAUAUAUUUUAUAUUUGAGAUUCUUCCAAGUAGCCACCCUUUGCCUUGAUGACAGCUUUGCACACUCUUGGCAUUCUCUCAACCAGCUUCACCUGGAAUGUUUUUCCAACAUUCUAGGAGUUCCCACAUAUGCUGAGCACUUGUUGGCUGCUUUUCCUUCACUCUGCGGUCCGACUCAUCCCAAACCAUCCCAAUUGGGUUGAGGUCGGGGGAUUGUGGAGGCCAGGUCAUCUGAUGAGGCACUCCAUCACUCUCCUUCUUGGUCAAAUAGCCCUUACACAGACUGGAGGUGUGUUGGGUCAUUGUCCUGUUGAAAAACAAAUGAUUGUCCCACUAAGACUAAACCAGAUGGGAUGGCGUAUCGCUGCAGAAUGCUGUGGUAGCCAUGCUGGUAAAGUGUGCCUUGAAUUCUAAAUAAAUCAUAGACAGUGUCACCAGCAAAGCACCCCCACACCAUAACACCUCCUCCUCCAUGCUUUACGGUGGGAACUACACAUGCGGAGAUCAUCGGUUCACCCACACCGCGUAUCACAAAGACAUGGCGGUUGGAACCAAAAAUCUCAAAUUUGGACUCCAGACCACAGGACAAAUUUCCACCGGUCUGAUGUCCAUUGCUCGUGUUAUAUGGCCAAAGCAGGUCUCUUCUUCUUGUUCGUGUCCUUUAGUAGUGGUUUCUUUGCAGCAAUUCGACCAUGAAGGCCUGAUUUACACAGUCCCCUCUAAAAAGUUGAUGUUGAGAUGUGUCUGUGACUUGAACUCUGUGAAGCAUUUAUUUGGGCUGCAAUCUCUGAGGCUGGUAAUUCUAAUGAACUUAUCAUUUGCAGCAGAUGUGACUCUGGGUCUUCAUUCCCGUGGUGGUCCUCAUGAGAGCCAGUUUCAUCAUAGCGCUUGAUAGUUUUUGCGACUGCAAUUGACUGACCUUCAUGUCUUAAAGUGAUGAUAGACUGUCAUUUCUCUUUGCUUAUUUGAGCUGUUCUUGCCAUAAUAUGGACUUGGUGUUUUACCAAAUAGGGCUAUCUUCUGUAUACCACCCCUACCUUGUCACAACACAACUGAUUGGCUGAAAUACAUUAAGAAGGAAAUAAAUUCCACAAAUUAACUUUUAAGAAGUCACACCUGUUAAUUGAAAUGCAUUCCAGGUGACUACCUCAUGAAGCUGGUUGAGUGAAUGCCAAGAGUGUGCAAAGCUGUCAUCAAGGCAAAGUGUGGCUAUUUGAAGAAUCUCAAAUAUAAAAUAUAUUUGGAUUUGUUUAACACUUUUCUGGUUACUACAUGAUUCCAUUUGUGUUAUUUCACUAUUAUUCUACCAUGUAAAAAAUUGUACAACUAAAGAAAAACCCUUGAAUGAGUAGGUGUUUCCAAACUUUUGAUUUGUACUGUAUAUAUAUAUAUGUUUUGGUAAUAUAUUUUCGGGAUGGAAAAACACUUUUAAUGUAAACAUAAAUGACUAAAACCAGUAAAAAAAUAUAUAGUAAAUAUUAUGGACCUGGACUCUACAAGGUGUUGAAAGCAUUCCACAGGGAUCCUGGCCCUUGUUGACUUCAAUGCUUCCCACAAUUGUGUCAAGUUUGCUGCAUGUCCUUUGGGUGGUGGACCAUUCUUGAUACACGCGAGAAAGUGUUGAGUGUGAAAAACCCAGCAGCGUUGCAGUUCUUGACACAAUCAAACCGGUGCGCCUGGCACCUACUACCAUACCCUGUUCAAAGGCACUUCAAUCUUUUUUCUUGUACAUUCACCCUCUGAAUGGCACAUAUACACAAUCCAUGUCUCAAUUGUCUCAAUGUUUAAAAAUCCUUCUUUAACCUGUCUCCCCCCCUUCAUCUACACUGAUUGUAGAGGAUUUAACAAAAGACAUCUAUAAGGGAUGUUUUGUAUACUCAGUGUAUUUUUUUAUACUUGAGAACUAACAAUCACAAAAAAAAAGCUAGACAUAAAUGAUCAAUUCAGGAGUAUUGAUUUUGUAUAAUGUUCGAGCAUAAGAACACAGUAAAUGCAUAGAAUUGCAGGAAAUUAGCUUUAAAACUAGAACAUUUUAAUCAGCUCCAUGAAAAAUGUUGUUGAAUUACAGGAAAUUGGCUUUAAAACCCCCAAAUUCUCUCUGCCGCCAAGAUGGGGGCCUCAAAAACAUUUUUUUUUUGCCCCCAAAUUCAGUUUCGCAGACGGGCUGACCGCCCAUUGCCACCCCCUGCCACGCCAACCACUUAAGACCCUUUUUGAUCCAGAAAAUUCCUGAAUAUGGUGUUUGUAUUGAUGUUGAUGAUGAUGAUAUUGAUCAUGAUAAUGAUGAUGAUGAUGUGUGUGUGUGUGUGUGUGUGUCUGUGUGUGUGUGUGUGUGUGUGUGUGUGUGUGUGUGUGUGUGUGUGUGUGUGUGUGGCAGCAGGCUGCUGUGUUCUGUGUGUCGGAGGGUCUUUAAGAGCCUUCCUGCUCUGAACGGACACAUGCGCUCUCACGGAGGACUCCGAGGACAGACCGGCAGGACUCAAACACACAGGACGGUGAGACAACACACCCACACCCACACACACACACACACACACACACACACACACACACACACACACAGACACACACACACACACACACACAACACACACACACACACACACACACACAGACACACAAACACACACACACACACACACACACACACACACAGACACACACACACACACACAGACACACACACAAACACACACACACACACACACACACACACACACACACACACAGACACACACACACACACACACACACACACACACAACACUUCUCUAUCCCUGUAAUGUAAACUCUCUCUUUCUCACACUCUCUCUCUCUCUCUCUCGCUUUCUCUCUGUCUCUCUAUCUCUCAGCAGAAAGAAGAGGUGAUUCCAGUGUCUCCUGUCCCCAUGUUGAUGCCCGUCUCUGUGCCCGUCAGACUCCCUGCCUCCCCCCAUCCAUGCCUGGAAGAGGAGCGCCAAGAAGGGGAGGAUGAGGGAAGGAGAGAACGGAAUGAGAGUAGAAAGGACAAGAGGAGGUAUCACCAUCGCCCCUCUCCUCUUGUCCUGCCCUGCCACUCCACUAGGGGUGCUGUGGUGUUCCAGAGUAUUCUGCGUUCAACUGUUGUUACCGAGGCCUACUACACCGCUCCUCCCAUGCUGAGGCCAGACAGGGAGGGAACUGGGCUAUACAGCUCUCUAACCACGAGUGAUGGUGACUUGGUAAAGCCCGGGGAGCAGCCAAUAAAGAUCAAACCGUAAGGACCUCCUACCCAAUCACAUCACCCCUUACUAACCUCCUACCCAAUCAUAUCACCCCUUACUAACCUCCUACCCAAUCACAUCACCCCUUACUAUCCUCCUACCCAAUCACAUCACCCCUUACUAACCUACUCAAUCACAUCACCCCUUACUAACCUCCUACCCAAUCACAUCACCCCUUACUAUCCUCCUACCCAAUCACAUUACCCCUUACUAACCUCCUACCCAAUCACAUCACCCUUACUAAGCUCCUACCCAAUCACAUUACCCCUUACUAACCUCCUACCCAAUCACAUUACCCCUUACUAACCUCCUACCCAAUCACAUCACCUCUUACUAACCUCCUACCCAAUCACAACUUGCGUUAUUAAACCAUCUUUUACGCUUCAAGUCUAUUUUUAGUGCAGAGAAACAAAUCUGUGAAGCAUAUACAACUUUGAUUGGUUAUUGACCUGUCACUCACAGGAGGAUCAACGUGGGGAUUGGAUUUCAGGCUGAAGUCCCACCUCUUCAGGACCAAAGACACUCCCACUCAGACCCCCACAAUGCACUGGUGCUGUGGACGCCCUGGGAUGCCCUGGAGAACUCAUCCACCCAGCACAGAGGUACACACACACCAGUGGCGGUCGGUGCCGUUUAAGAUGAGGGAGGACGAUUAUUUUUGUAUGGCCUUAUUUCUAUUACAGCAUAUUGGAUGACUGUCAUUCAUAUUCCCUUCGCCCAGCUCAAUAUACCAUCGAUAGUUUUAGGCUCCUACAUGAUACUAGAAUUUUCCUUAUAUCCAUCAUGUGGUUACUACAACCUAGCCUAUGAAUGAAAGUUUACAAUGUAGGGACACAGGUGGAGAGAACAGUGACGUCAGUGACACAUUCACUCUUACUAGCUGAUCUAGGGUGUAAUCAUUAGUCCAACAGUUGCAAACAAACAUUUCUAUUGGACAAAUUAAUGUGCAGUUGAAGUCGGAAGUUUACAUACACCUUAGCCCUUACAUUUAAACUCAGUUUUUCACAAUUCCUGACAUUUAAUCCUAGUAAAAAUUCCCUGAAAUGUGAAAUGUCAGAAUAAUAGUAGAGAGAAUUAUUUAUUUCUGCUUUUAUGUCUUUCAUCACAUUCCCAGUGGGUCAGAAGUUUACAUACACUCAAUUAGUAUUUGGUAGCAUUGCCUUUAAAUUGUUUAACUUGGGUCAAACAUUUUGGGUAGCCUUCCACAAGCUUCCCACAAUAAGUUGGGUGAAUUUUGGCACAUUCCUCCUGACAGAUUGUGUAACUGAGUCAGGUUUGUAGGCCUCCUUGCUCACACACGCUUUAUCAGUUCUGCCCACACAUUUUCUAUAGGAUUGAGGUCAGGGCUUUGUGAUGGCCACUCCAGUACCUUGACUUUGUUGUCCUUAAGCCAUUUUGCCACAACUUUGCAAGUAUGCUUGGGGUCAUUGUCCAUUUGGAAGACCCAUUUGCGACCAAGCUUUAACUUCCUGACUGAUGUCUUGAGAUAUUGCUUCAAUAUAUCCACAUAAUUUUCCUUCCUCAUGAUGCCAUCUAUUUUGUGAAGUGCACCAGUCCCUCCUGCAGCAAAGCACCCCCUCAGCAUGAUGCUGCCACCCCCGUGCUUCACGGUUGGGAUGGUGUUCUUUGGCUUGCAAGCAAUCCCCUUUUUCCUCCAAACAUAACGAUGGUCAUUAUGGCCAAACAGUUCUAUUUUUGUUUCAUCAGACCAGAGGACAUUUCUCCAAAAAGUACGAUCUUUGUCCCCAUGUGCAGUUGUUCAACCGUAGUCUGUCUUUUUUAUGGCGGUUUUUGAGCAGUGGCUUCUUCCUUGCUGAGCGGCCUUUCAGGUUAUGUCGAUAUAGGAUAUAGAUACUUUUGUACCUGUUUUCCUCCAGCAUCUUCACAAGGUCCUUUGCUGUUGUUCUGGGAUUUAUUUGCACUUUUCGCACCAAAGUACGUUCAUCUCUACGAGACAGAACGCGUCUCCUUCUUGAGCGGUAUGACGGCUGCGUGGUCCCAUGGUGUUUAUACUUGCGUACUAUUGUUUGUACAGAUGAACGUGGUACCUUCAGGUGUUUGGAAAUUGCUCCCAAGGAUGAACCAGACUUGUGGAGGUCUACCAUUUUUUUUCUGAGGUCUUGUCUGAUUUCUUUUGAUUUCCCUAUGAUGUCAAGCAAAGAGGCACUGAGUUUGAAGGUAGGCCUUGAAAUAUAUCCACAGGUACACCUCCAAUUGACUGAAAUUAUGUCAAUUAGCCUAUCAGAAGCUUCUAAAGCCAUGACAUCAUUUUCUGGAAUUUUCCAAGCUGUUUAAAGGCACAGUCAACUUAGUGUAUGUAAACUUCUGACCCACUGGAAUUGUGAUACAGUGAAUUAUAAGUGAACUAAUCUGUCUGUAAACAAUUGUUGGAAAAAUUACUUGUGUCAUGCACAAAGUAGAUGUCCUAACCGACUUGCCAAAACUAUAGUUUGUUAACAAGAAAUGUGUGGAGUGGUUGAAAAACGAAUUGUAAUGACUCCAACCUAAGUGUAUGUAAACUUCCGACUUCAACUGUAUGUUAAUCCCCAUUUCAUUCUGUUUGCUUCUGUUUAAGAAACAUUUUUCAACAGAAUCAUCGGAAUGAAUACACCCCUGAUCAUACGCAAACACAGUUCACUUUCAUAGGAAGCCACAUACAAACAGCAUGAUCACUUUUCUUGUUGUAUAAUUCCUUCUCGCAUCUACGUGCUCUCCUCCUCUAAUCUUAUCCCUUCGCUUGUGGACUUCAGUGCACAACACAUCAGCUGUCUGUGACCAGGCUAAAAAACCUUUCCAAGCCAAACCUUCAUAUCAUAACCGCUACCCGCUACACACAGCCUACAUCUUUGUCACCAUUAGCUAAAGUCAUAGUCAACAUAGCUACUAGAACUAACAUGUUAGUAAACCUGCUACAAUCAUAAAGUAUAGUCAGCAAGCAGUUUAGCAGUUACACCGGCGGGCAAUACAUUAAUAAAACGAAAAGCUUACCAAGACUUGGAAGAGUUCUAGUGUUGGAUAGCCUUACCCAGCUAAUUAAGCUGUUUUAGCCAGGUGUUUGAGUAGGCAAAACUAGCUAGCUGCAUUCACUAGCUAAGUAAGUGAAAGUGAAAAAAAUACAGUGAAAUAUAGCUAGCUCUCUCUCUCUUGCUUCUCUUUCAUUUUUGAAGAAAUGCAUUUGUUCAAAACUGUUCAACUAUUGUCUUUCUCACUCUUGGAGUCAGCUACACACCACAUUUUAUGCACUGCAGUGCUAGCUACAGUGGCUUGCGAAAGUAUUCACCCCCUUGGCAUUUUUGUUUGUCGAAAUACAACCUGGAAUUAAAAUGGAUUUUUGAAGAUGCAAAAUAUUUGUUAUUGUGAAACAAACAAGAAAUAAGACAGAAAACAGAAAACUUCAGCAUGCAUUCUUCAAGGCAAAACGUCUCCAGCUCCUUCAAGUUGGAUGGGUUCCGCUGGUGUACAGCAAUCUUUAACUCAUACCACAGAUUCUCAAUUGGAUUGAGGUCUUGGCUUUGACUAGGCCAUUCCAAUACAUUUAAAUGUUUCCACUUAAACCACUCAAGUGUUGCUUUAGCAGUAUGCUUAGGGUCAUUGUCCUGCUGGAAGGUGAACCUCCGUCCCAGUCUCAAAUCUCUGGAAGACUGAAACAGGUUUCCCUCAAGAAUUUCCCUGUAUUUAGCGCCAUCCAUCAUUCCUUCAAUUCUGACCAGUUUCCCAGUCCCUGCCGAUGAAAAACAUCCCCACAGUCCCUGCCGAUGAAAAACAUCCCCACAGCAUGAUGCUGCCACCACCAUGCUGGUGUUCUCGGGGGUUUGCGCCGGACAUAUAACCCAACCCUGAUCUUUACUUCUCCACAACUUUGUCCCUGACCUGUUUGGAGAGCUCCUUGGUCUUCAUGGUGCCGCUUGCUUGGUGGUGCCCCUUGCUUAGUGGUGUUGCAGACUCUGUGGCCUUUCAGGACAGGUGUAUAUAUACUGAGAUCAUGUGACAGAUCAUGUGACACUUAGAUUGCACACAGGUGGACUUUAUUUAACUAAUUAUGUGACUUCUGAAGGUUGCACCAGAUCUUAUUUAGGGGCUUCAUAGCAAAGGGGGUGAAUACAUAUGCAUGCAACACUUUUCCGUUAUUUAUUUUUUAGAAUUUUUUGAAAAAAGUUAUUUUUUUCAUGUCACUUCACCAAUUUGGACUGUUUUGUGUAUGUCCAUUAUAUGAAAUCCAAAUAAAAAUCAAUUUAAAUUACAGGUUGUAAUGCUACAAAAUAGGAAAAACGCCAAGGGGGAUGAAUACUUUUGCAAGGCACUGUAGCUGUAGCUUAUGCUUUCAGUACUAAAUUCAUUCUCUGAUCCUGUGAUUGGGUGGACAACAUGUCAGUUCAUGCUGCAAGAGCUCUGAUAGGUUGGAGGAUGUCCACCGGAAGUUGUCAUAAUUACUCUGUAGAUCUAUGGAAGGGGUGAGAACCAUGAGCCUCCUAGGUUUUGUAUUGAUGUCAAUGUACCCAGAGGAGGACUGAAGCUAGCUGUCCUCCGGCUACACCAUGGUGCUAACCUACAGAGUGCUGUUGAGGCUACUGUAGACCUUCAUUGCAAAACAUUGUGUUUUAAUCAAUUAUUUGGUGACGUGAAUAUAUUUAGUAUAGUUUUAUCUAAAAAGGAUAACUUUUUUACUGUUUCGCUAUUUAAUUUUUUUGAAAUUCACUGAAGAUGGUCAUCCCCUUCCUCCUCUGAGGAGCCUCCACUGACACGCACAAACACACACUCUAGCAAGGCUCAAGCCCACCUGAGAUUACACCUCUUUUCAGUUCUAGUUUGGCAGAGAAGUGGCUCAUUUAUUUGCAACUAAUUAUCACUUCACCGAUUGCUGUCAAAAUAGAAACUGACAAUAUUCAUACUAUUACCUGUACAAACCACCUUUUCUCCUGGACUUUACUAUCAGGAAAAAGUGUGAAGCGAUGUCUGAAAUGGAUAGGGGUAUCAUUGGAAAUCGUAGACAUGGGACAAAAAUGUUUUGACCCACGUGUUUACACUACAUGACCAAAAGUAUGUGGACACCUGCUCGUCAAACAUUUCAUUCCAAAUUCAUGGGGAUUAAAUAUGGAGUUGUUCCCCCUUUUACUGCUAUAGCAGCCUCCACUCUUCUGGGAAGGCCUUCGACUAGAUGUUGGAACAUUGCUGUGGGGACUUUCUUCCAUUCAGCAACAAGAGCAUUGGUGAGGUCGGUCACUGAUGUUGGGCGAUUAGGCCUGGCUCGCAGUCGGCGUUCCAAUUCAUUCCAAAGGUGUUCGAUGAGGGUUGAGGUCAGGGCUCUGUGCAGGCCAGUCAAGUUCUUCCACACCGAUCUUGACAAACCAUUUCUGUAUGGACCUCGCUUUGUGCACGGGGGCAUUGUCAUGCUGAAACAGGAAAAGGCCUUCCCCAAACUGUUGCCACAAAGUUCGAAGCACAGAAUCAUCUAGAAUGUCAUUGUAUGCUGUAGCAUUAAGAUUUCCCUUCACUGGAACUCAGGGGCCUUGCCCAAACCAUGAAAACCAGCCCCAGACCAUUAUUCCACCUCCACCAAACUUAACCGUUCUUUGAGCUUGUGUGGCCUACCAUUUUGCGGCUGAGCAGUUGUUGCUUCUAGACGUUUCCACUUCACAAUAACAGCACUUACAGUUGACCGAGGCAGCUCUGGCAGGGCAGAAAUUUGACGAACUGACUUGUUGGAAAGGUAGCGUCCUAUGACGGUGCCACGUUGAAAGUCACUGAGCUCUUCAGUGAGGCCAUUCUACUGCCAAUGUUUGUCUAUGGAGAUUGCAUGACUGUGUGCUCGAUUUUUAUACACCUGUCAGCAACGGGUGUGGGUGAAAUAGCCGAAUCCACUAAUAUGAAGGGGUGUCCACAUACUUUUGUGUAUAUAUAGUGUAUCAAAGCUAAUAUAUCGAUGGGGAUUAAACGCACUGACAUUGCCACUACAUGACAAGAGAGAAGAUGUCCAAAAUAUCUUGAUUCCAUUGAUUUUCUGUCUCUCAUUAAACAAUUAUUUAUGUGCUAUAAUAAAGUCAAUAUUUGAUUAUUUUUUUAUUUAUUCUAAAAUGAUUUAGUAUCUUACUCCAUAUUGCAGCUGUUACAUUUAUCAGAACUGUAUUUUUGACCGUUUUAUCCAUUUUGACGACCGUUGCUACACAUCCACUCACAUAUCAGGGCUGGGGUCAAUUGGAAUUGAAGGCAGUCAAUUCAAACGGUAAACUAUAUAACAAUUCAACAUUUGAAAAAACUGCAUCUAUUUUCAAUGACUUUUCAACGUUUUUUAAUGUUUUUAUUUUUAAUUAAAAUCACUUCCUGAAUUGACUUCCCAGCACUGCCACACACACACACACGCACACAGACACACACAUUCUGUACAAAAUCAUGUCGAUCGAGAGUGUGGUCACGUUCCCUCUCACAAGAGAUAAUCUUUCUCUCUCUCUCUCUCUCUCUCUCUCUCUCUCUCUCUCUCUCUCUCUCUCUCUCUCUCUCUCUCUCUCUCUCUCUCUCUCUCUCUCUCUCUCCAGUGGAGUGUCUGUUGAUGAUGUCAUGUUCCAGUGUGUGUCCGGGGGGCGGGACUAACUCCGAGUAUGCCCUGCACAGCCUAUCCGAGAGCAGAGGGGACUUCCUGGUCAGAGUUUACAUUUACAUCACGUCAAUCAAUCACAUGUUGUUGGUCUCUGAGGGGAAAUCAGCAACAGUCAUACAGAAAAGACAGAAUGAAGAAACACUAAUCACUGUCUUGUAAUGUCGUCUCCUAACCCAACCUCAGCUCCAACCCCAACCUGUCGUCUCUGGCUAGAGCAGCCUUCUACUUUUAAUAUUAUCGAAUAAAUUCAAUCAAUCAACCAAUCAAUCAAUCAGUCUUAAUCCUUCAGUUCCUCGUCUCCACCUCUAGGGGACUCUGGAGAAGAUGCUCCUGCAGCACUGGCCUAGGAGACACAACUCUCUCACCCCAUACCACUACGCAGGUGAUUCACAUGCUCAAACACUGUCUAAGCAGUUCCAUACAUAAUGCUCUCUCUCUCCUCCCUCUCUGCUCUCUCUCUCCUCUCUCUCUCUCUCUCUCUCUCUCUCUCUGCAUCUCUCUCUCUCUAGAUAUCUUUCUCUCUAUCUCUGUUCCCCCCCCCCCCCCCUAGGUCUUCCCUAUCUCUUUGCCGGUAUCUCUCUCUAUCUCUCUUCUCUCUUUCUCUCUGUCCUCUUGCUCUGUCUCUCUCUCCAUCUCUCAUCUCUAGGGGUCAUUCUUUCUCUCUCUCGAUCUCUCUCUCUCUCUCGCAUUUCUCUCUCUCUUUCUCUUUCGUCUCUCCUAUGCUUCUCUCUCCUCUCUCUCCUCUCUCUCUCUCUCUCUCUCUCUCUCUCUCUCUCUCUUUCUCGCAUCUUUCUCUCUCUCGCAUCUCUCUCUCUCUCAUCUCUCUUUCUCUCAAUUUUUCACUUCAAUUCAAUUUGCUUUAUUGGCAUGACGUAACAAUGUACAGUACCAGUCAAAAGUUUGGACACACCUACUCAUUCAAGGGUUUUUCUUAAUUUUUUUGGACUAUUUUCUAAAUUGAUUCCUUAUGUCGUUAUUUCAUAGUUUUGAUGUCUUCACUAUUAUUCUAUAAAGAAAAACCCUUGAAUGAGUAGGUGUUUCCAGACUUUUGACUGGUAGUGUCCAUAUUGCCAGAGCGUACUUUGGAGAUUAAGUGAUACAUUUACAAUAUGAACAUCAUUAAAAUAAUAAUAAUCAAGAUUGUCAAUGGGACAAUCAGUAUCAACAAUAAUCAAGGGUAAAAAUAACAAUGGCAUAGAGGACCUGUGCAGGUUGGUUGGCUGUGAAAGGUGGUUGUAUGUUGUCCUAUGUCUGUCUCGAGAUAGAGAUAUCUCUAGGUCUAUAUACUCUCUAUAUCUCUCUAUAUCUAAUAUUCUAUAUCUAUAUAUUGUAUCUAUAUGAUGAUCUAUUAUAUAUAUAUAUCUCUAUCUUAUCCUCUAAGAUCUCUCUCUCUCUCUCUCUCUGUCUUCUCUCUCUCUCUCUCUCUCUGUCUAUCUCUCUGCUCUCUCUCUCUCUCUCUCUCUCUCUCUCUCUCUCUGUCUCUCUCUCUCUUCUCUCUCUCUCUCUUCUCAGGGAGUGAUAAGUGGAGUCCAGUGGAGAAAAAGUUGGUAAAUAAAGCCUUUAUGAUGUACCAGAAGGACUUCCACCGCAUCCAGAAAAUGGUACACAACGCUUUAAACACCCUCAUUACUACUAUCCCUCUAUAGUUCUUUGGACUUACGUGUGUGUGUGUGUGUGUGUGUGUGUGUGUGUGUGUGUGUGUGUGUGUGUGUGUGUGUGUGUGUGUGUGUGUGUGUGUGUGUGUGUGUGUGUGUGUGUGUGUGUGUGUGUGUGUGUGUGUGUAGGUGGGGACUAAGUCAGUGUCUCAGUGUGUGGAGUAUUACUACACCUGGAAGAGGAGGCUGCGUCUAAAUGUAAGGUCCCCGGUCAGGCUGGCCAGCACACUGCCUCAGGUAAGGACAUUGAACAGAACGCUUAUGGAAUAUGUUAGCAACAUGUAAAGAAACGUUCACAUACAAUCAGCCUUGUUGAACGCAGCACCUCUUUUUUAUUCUCCAAUGAAAGCCAUACAGUCGUUAGUCUAUCCAGGGCUUUCACAUAGCAAUGGUCACGAAGUAAAGGACGCCAUUUUAGAUUGCUGGGACACAGACUGUGUCUUUGCUCUUUGAUAGGCUGGCAUAAUGGUUAGGGAGGGACUUGAGGAGGUGCCCCACCAAUAAGGAGCUCUCAAUAACCAGAUUAGCUGACCUCUCUGGGCCAAUGACUGUGUAUUUUAAUGGACAAAGCCAUCGAUCACAUGACACCAGUCAUUCCUUUGUGAAGAUUCAAUUGCGCAUUAGAAGCCAAAGAAGUCGGUUAAGAUGGCGUCUCAUGGAGACAUAACAUGCGCAGUUUGAGCUUCUCCAGGAAAUUACGUUGCAGGCUAGCUCAGUGCUGCCCCCUCUGAUUGAGUAUCUCAAGUUGAAGAUCAACCGGGGUACUGCAGGCUGCCAUUAGCUACUUAAUUAUCAUUAUAACUUCUUCUGUGUGAUUAAAAAAUAAUCAGGACAUACAUCUGGUGUGUUAGAACCAAUUAUUGGUUCCAUGAUUGUUUUCUAAACAUGUAUUUAUUUACAUGAAGAUUGACAAGGGCGCAACUUUCACUGGGGACAAGGGGGGACAUGACCCCCGCCCCCCCACACACACACAUUCUGAAAUUGAAUUUUUGUCCCACCCAGUUAAAAAAUUAUACUGUGAUACAAAACGCGGCACCGGUGUGCUUUAGGACCAUGUGGAUGCCUCAGAGCGGUCAGGUAGGCUGUUUUCCGGUUUCAGCCGGCUGGAUUUAGGACUGCACUGGACCAUGCGGACAGGCUGUGUGAAGGCACAGCUUCUGAUAGGAUGGCUUAUAGGAUCAGCAUGGGAGAAAUUAUCAGAGGCAGCUGCUGUCUGUGUUGUGCUUUUUCUCUCAGUUGUAAAAGCAAGCAGAGCAGAAACUGGCUACUCUUUAGUUGAAUGAUAUAGCUGGCAAGGUAACUGCUGUUUGAUAGAACAAAAUGUAUUUAAUUAUAGAAGUGUAACUGACAUUUUACGUUAGCCAAUGUUUCAUCCCCUCUCGACUGAAGUGAAUUAACUACUAGCAGCUAGAUAGCUAGCUAGUACAGUGAGGAAAAAAAGUAUUUGAUCCCCUGCUGAUUUUGUACGUUUGCCCACUGACAAAGACAUGAUCAGUCUAUAAUUUUAAUGGUAGGUUUAUUUGAACAGUGAGAGAAAGAAUAACAACAAAAAAAUCCAGAAAAACGCAUGUCAAAAAUGUUAUCAAUUGAUUUGCAUUUUAAAGAGGGAAAUAAGUAUUUGACCCCUCUGCAAAACAUGACUUAGUACUUGGUGGCAAAACCCUUGUUGGCAAUCACAUAGGUCAGAUGUUUCUUGUAGUUGGCCACCAGGUUUGCACACAUCUCAGGAGGGAUUUUGUCCCACUCCUCUUUGCAGAUCUUCUCCAAGUCAUUAAGGUUUCGAGCCUGACGUUUGGCAACUCGAACCUUCAGCUCCCUCCACAGAUUUUCUAUGGGAUUAAGGUCUGGAGACUGGCUAGGCCACUCCAGGACCAUAAUGUGCUUCUUCUUGAGCCUCUCCUUUGUUGCCUUGGCCAUGUGUUUUGGGUCAUUGUCAUGCUGGAAUACCCAUCCACAACCCAUUUUCAAUAACCUGGCUGAGGGUAGGAGGUUCUCACCCAAGAUUUGACAGUACAUGGCCCCGUCCAUCGUCCCUUUGAUGCGGUGAAGUUGUCCUGUCCCCUUGGCAGAAAAACACCCCCAAAGCAUAAUGUUUCCACCUCCAUGUUUGACGGUGGGGAUGGUGUUCUUGGGGUCAUAGGCAGCAUUCCUCCUCCUUCAAACAUGGCGAGUUGAGUUGAUGCCAAAGUGCUCGAUUUUGGUCUCAUCUGACCACAACACUUUCACCCAGUUCUCCUCUGAAUCAUUCAGAUGUUGAUUGGCAAACUUCAGACGGGCCUGUAUAUGUGCUUUCUUGAGCAGGGGGACCUUGCGGGCGCUGCAGGAUUUCAGUCCUUCACGGCGUAGUGUGUUACCAAUUGUUUUUUUGGUGACUAUGGUCCCAGCUGCCUUGAGAUCAUUGACAAGAUCCUCCCGUGUAGUUCUGGGCUGAUUCCUCACCGUUCUCAUGAUCAUUGCAAUUCCAUGAGGUGAGAUCUUGCAUGGAGCCCCAGGCUGAGGGAGAUUGACAGUUCUUUUAUGUUUCUUCCAUUUGUGAAUAAUCGCACCAACUGUUGUCACCUUCUCACCAAGCUGCUUGGCAAUGGUCUUGUAGCCCAUUCCAGCCUUGUGUAGGUCUACAAUCUUGUCCCUGACAUCCUUGGAGAGCUCUUUGGUCUUGGCCAUGGUGGAGAGUUUGGAAUCUGAUUGAUUGAUUGCUUCUGUGGACAGGUGUCUUUUAUACAGGUAACAAGCUGAGAUUAGGAGCACUCCCUUUAAGAGUGUGCUCCUAAUCUCAGCUCAUUACCUGUAUAAAAGACACCUGGGAGCCAGAAAUCUUUCUGAUUGAGAGGGGGUCAAAUACUUAUUUCCCUCAUUAAAAUGCGAAUCAAUUUAAAACAUUUUUUACAUGCGCUUUUCUGGAUUUUUUUGUUUUUGUUAUUAUGUCUCUCACUGUUAAAAAAAACCUACCAUUAAAUUAUAGACUGAUCACUUCUUUGUCAGUGGGCAAACGUACAAAAUCAGCAGGGGAUCAAACACUUUUUUCCCUCACUGUAGCUAUCACAGCCAGUUCAGCUCUAGCUAGCAUCUACCACAGCCAGUUCAGCUCUAGCUAGCAUCUACCACAGCCAGUUCAGCUCUAGCUAGCAUCUACCACAGCCAGUUCAGGUCUAGCUAGCCUCUAGCUAUCUGUCAGUUAGCAGUAUCUAACAGCUGUUGUGUGUAUGGAAAUAUUUUGUAGCCUUUGUUUUGUCCCCCUGUUUCAACUGAAGUAAAUCUGAUGAUGUGCCGUUGUACCAUUAGCUAGAGCCAGCCAAACGUUGGCUAACGUUAGCUAGCUAGCUCAUUAACUUUAGCUAUUAUGUUUUGCCUAAAUCAAACUAGACCUGAAUAAAAACGAUGAAAACAGUGGCCAAAUGAUUGAAGACCAAUAUACUCUGACAUUUCUACAGCGUAAUGUGAGUUUUUAUUAGUAAGUAUAGCAAUGUAACGUUAUUGAUCUGUCAGUUUCCCUAGCUAAUUCCCUACUUUUCACACUGACAUGGUAUAAACAGCUCUACAGCCUUCACUGUCAUGGUGCACAGUCAGUAGGCAACACUAUGCUCAUCGACCAGUCUACGGAGCUCAGGGGAAUUUUGCAGUAUAUUAUAACAAUCAGUGAAUGGAUACAAAGUUCCAUCUUGAGUUGAUGGGUAGGCUACAGUUUUGGAUCUGGGAAUAAUGGUCAUUUCAAUUAUUGAACCAUUGAUUAUAUUCAUGGAUACUGUAUAAAUGUACACCAUGGUAAUUCUUUGUCAUGCCUCAUCUGAGCAGGAUCAGACGGUGACAGGGGUCUCAUCAGGGUCAGGCAGCCAGGGAACUUUUGCAGAUACAACACUUUAUUCUCUCUGUGCAGUAAACACUGGACAAGCAAGAAGCUUCAAAGAUUGAAACUAUUUUAAGGCAGUCUGACAAACCUCUAAAGUUGAUUUCCAAACUGUAUGAAGGGGUUGAUAGAGGCUUUUCCCGAUGACACAAAACAUGUAAAAUGAAAACGUGAGGAAGACCAGGGAGACGCUACUGACGAUGAUGAAUGGAUGCAGAUAUGUUUGAAUGCCCAGGCAUGUUCAUAUAAUCUCAGACAUAAAUUACUGCAGUUUAAGACCAUCCAUAGAACGUACUAUAUGCCAGUUGAACUGAAUAUCAUGCACUCAGAAAUGUAAUUAUUCUGCUGGAGGUUUAAAAUAUUUGCAUAUGUUAUGGUCUUGUGAAGGCUGGCUGAAUUCUCGCAAAGAGUAUGUUCUUUUAUCUCAGCAUGUCUACAGAUUCUACCUGUUUUUGUUUGCUUGGAAAUGUUGAUACACGUCAGGGGAGAUACCUAUUUAGGCAAUCCCUAGCUGCUGGGCUGCUCAGUCCCGGCCCUGGGGGUCUGCUGUACUGUUGGUUGUCACUCUUGGCUUGGCCUAAGACACCCGAAACCUAUAAUGAAUGUUUCACUAAGAUCCUAAAGCUAAGUGGGGUGUGUUGGGUUGGGGAGCUGCAUGGGCAGGACGGGGCGACCAAGUUUUAUUGUGUGCAAGUAAAAAGAGCUCUACAGUACUAUUAGACCCAUGAUAUGAAUUAUAUGGAGGAUGUACUGUUUCUGUGUGUUAAUGUGUAGGUGUAUGUCUGUUUUUGUUAAACUAGCACAUGGAAGUUGUCGGGGAAAGUGUUGAGUUAUUGACUAGACUGGUGGGGGUCGGGGAGAGAGUUGAGUUAUUGACUAGACUGGUUGGGGGUCGGGGAGAGAGUUGAGUUAUUGACUAGACUGGUUGGGGGUCGGGGAGAGAGUUGAGUUAUUGACUAGACUGGUUGGGGGUCGGGGAGAGAGUUGAGUUAUCGACUAGACUGGUUGGGGGUCGGGGAGAGAGUUGAGUUAUUGACUAGACUGGUUGGGGUCGGGGAGAGAGUUGAGUUAUUGACUAGACUGGUGGGGGUCGGGGAGAGAGUUGAGUUAUUGACUAGACUGGUUGGGGUCGGGGAGAGAGUUGAGUUAUUGACUAGACUGGUGGGGGUCGGGCGUGCAGGCGGAUCGGGCUGGCUGGGUGUUCUGGCUGACAUUUGAUAUAGAGGAUGUUUUAAUAAAGACAUUCAAAAGUUAAGUCUUUGUACUUUAUUUGUAAGAGUUGUUCAUUUGAUAGGCUAUUGGUUAAAGGUGCAACACAAUUUUGAUUACUGAAUUACCAUUGAUCUAGUUCAGUCUUAUCAAUCACUUAAAAAUAUUUAAUAAUGGUCUCUUACCUAGCUUGAUGACUGCUGGAAGGGCUAUGCAUUGACAUUUUAGUCAUUUAGCAGACGCUCUUAUCCAGAGCGACUUACAGUUAGUGAGUGCAUACAUUUUCAUACUGGCCCCCCCGUGGGAAUUGAACCAACAACCCUGGUGUUCCCAGCGCCAUGCUCUACCAACUGAGCUACAAGGGACUACAUAUACAUACUAUGCGUCAUAUUAGAUUGUGUAGAAGUUCAGGAAAUGAGCUUUAGAUGCCCAAAAAAUGUGAGGACCCUCAGACCCCCUGCCAAGUUAUGUCCCCCCCACUUGUAAAACCAAAGUUGUGUCCCUGAAGAUAGUCCAGGAAGUUUGCCAUUUUCCCCUCACUAUAAUGGGGGAUCUUGUUUUCUGCAAACAAUGCCUGCAGUACCGCGGUCGGCCUUGAACUUUGUGGCUUCACUGAGGGGGGGCAGUCGUUCUCCCCUGCUCUGGGCCCACAGCCAAUCACAUCGUCUCCCUCGCCAGCGGGGACUACAAUGAUGGACAGGUGAGUGUCUCUGUGGAGAGAAAUAGAGACCGAGAGAUAUUUACUGUUCAUUUCUAAUGUUUUGUUUACGUUGUUUUGUGUCUUCUCACUUUUGUUUAUUGUUUAUUUCACUUGCUUUGGCAAUGUAAACACUUUUCCCAUGCCAAUAAAGUUCCUUUGAAUUGAAUUGAAAGAGAGAGAGAGGGCAGACAAGGUAUAGAGAGAACCUACCAGACUAGCUGUCAGUCCUACUGUAACCUGUUCUCUCUGUACGUCUAUCCUUCUCAGCCCACCAUGAAUGGCAAGAUGGGGCUCCACACCAUUUCUACAAAGAAUGCCUGUCAACCGAUCCACUGUGGUUCUUCCUGUCCCCUGCUC